AAUUGAUACAAAGAAAAUAUCAAUUUCCUUCGUACGCGCGUAAAACAAGUUCUACAGCUGAUAAAAUGUCAACGUUAUCACAAUAAAUAAAUAUUGUUUUUAUCUAAGGUUUUUAAAUCAAUAAAUUGUGAAUAGCAAAUACAAAUACGAAAUAUAAUAAUGACAGCAGAACAUAAAAAAUUUUUAAAUGGUCUUUUAAAUAGCAUAGAAGGCCUACAUAGUAUACUAAUCACAGAUCGGGAUGGUGUACCGGUUGUUUCUGUAGCAGAUGAAAAAGCACCAGAGCUUGCUAUGAGAGCAAGUUUUCUUUCUACGUUUGGAAUGGCUACAGAUCAAGCGAGUAAAUUAGGACUUGGAAAAAAUAAAAUAGUUAUCUGUAUGUACAGCAGUUAUCAGGUUGUGCAAUUGAAUAAAUUACCAUUGGUUAUAAGCUUUAUUGCUAGUCAUAAUUGUAAUACAGGUCAUAUCUUAUCCUUAGAGAAUAAAAUUGAACCAAUUUUGAGUAACUUAAAAAGCGCAGUGGUAGAAGCCUGAUGGUUACCUGUAGUUCACUAUGGGUGAUAAAUAAUAAAUAUUCUUCGAAGCACUUGUGUGUAUCUCUCGAAGGAUAAUUGAUAUGUUAUUAGGCAUUGUUAUGUACAGUACCUAUAUUAUUCUACAUUUGUUUAUUAAUAUUGUUUCAUGAAUUAUUAGUUUUUCUCUCUUUUUAUAAGAUUGUAUUCGUUAAAUGUAUUAUUUUUGAUGAGAUAAUUUAAUAAGGAAGUACAUAAUUUACAGCAUACGCAUGCAUAUUUCUAUUGAAAGAUCUCGUAAUAACAUAUUCAGAAAUAACAUACUUUAUAAAACAAUUCAUUAUAAAAUAUGUCAUUAUAUUUGUUUAAUGUCAAACUAUAUUAGUUUAUUAAACGACGUAUAAUACAUAUGGGAUAAAAUGUAAAUAACAUAAAAAAAUAUAUAUAUAUAUAGACUUAUUCAUAUAACAUCAUAAAAUUAUUAAAAAUUAAUGAUUUUUUUGCUAUGUAAUAUAUAUUGGCACCUUAAAUUCAUAUAAAAAUCAUCAAAGUAAAUGCUUGUUAAAUAGUUUUAUCCAUCCUUUGUAACUUGUAAUUAAUACUUAUAAUUCAUAAACUAAAGGUUUGCCAUCUAAUCCAUUGAGAAUAUUUUGGGCUGCAAUUAUAGACAUAUCGUUGCGAGUUUUUGUAGUGGCGCUACCUAAGUGUGGUAUAAUUACUACAAAAAAAAAAAGCAUAUUUAUAUAUAAAACUAUAGUAAUAAAUAUGUUAAUAUUAAUAUAAAAUUUCUUAUAUAUUAUAUAUUCACCAGCAUUGGGAAGUUUAAGUAAUUCAUGAUCUUUUGGUAAUGGUUCAGGAUCUGUAACAUCUAAACCCGCAGCAAAAAUUGUAUGAUUUUUCAAUGCUUUUACCAAUGCAUCCGUAUCUACAACUUUUCCACGUCCGACAUUGACAAACACAGAAUUUUUUUUCAUUUUACCGAAAGUAGUAUCGUUAAAUAAACCAAGGGUUUCAUUGGUCAAUGGAGUAGCAACAAUAACGAAAUCACUUUGUGCAAGAAGUUCAUCUAAAGAUACAAACUUAGCACCUAAAUCCUUUCCUAAUAUUGGAUAAAUUGUAAAAAAGAAAAAAAAAAGAAGUUAUAAUAAAAGAAUCUGUUAUUUGUACAAAUAAAAAAAAAAAAAAAAAAAAA